GUCAGUCUCUCCUGCAGCAGCCGGGUAGGUUCCACUGGAGGCUCUCCCGUUCGCUGCUCUCAGGUGACUCCCGGGCUGCGGAGACGCGCUUUGUGGGAUCCAAGGAAACCCCGGAGGUUUCCCCUCUCACAGCCCUGGCAUUAAAUUCUAGUCACGUUCAAAGAAGAGGGCAGGAAUUAGAUCACCAAACAGGUCACUGAGAAGAGCCCUAGUCCUCUCAGUUCGCCUCCACGCCUCCCACUUGGCUUCCUCUAGUGUCUUCUUACUGUUUUCAGCGCUUUAAUUUGCUCUAACGUGAGGACAGCAUGACAGGAGGACUGAAGGACGGAGAAACAGAGGAGGUACAGUAUGGCUUUCAUGUACGGGCUCUAUUUAAAGAUACAAGUUUCGAGCGGAGCUUGCAGGGAGUUUUCCUUAUCGGGGGGGGAAUUUGCGCUUAUUAAGGGAUUCUGAACGCAAUGUUUUCCUCGUUAUCUGUUUUCUUCUGGCACCUAGUCAUGAACGCUUCUCCCACACGCGCUGAGGGAAUGUACGAGACCAUUGAGUAUACAUUAGCGCGGGGGUGUGAGAUUGAACCUGCUAAAACAGGGAAACUUAUUGUUUUUUACGCAUCAAAAAUGUCCGUGCGUAAAAGCGCGAAAGGUGGAAAAAGCAUUUUAUUUUCGCACAAUAUAAACACACCUCGUGCACACCUUUAUUUAAAUCACAGAGCUACAACAUCGGGACUAUAAUAACGGAAAGGUUCACUAAGUUUAGAGGAGAAUUUGGGGCGCCACAGGGGUCUUUACGCACAGUUUUUUAAACACUCAAACACGGAAGUCCAGCGUAUUUUUCUCCAUAUUUUACCUUAAUGUGUCAAAACUUUCACAAGUAUGUGUAAAAAUAAAAGUUAAUGAGCAAUAUUUGUACAAUAAUCUUAAAGAAAAUAACUCUUUGAAUGAAGAGAAACGUGUGACAAGAAUGAACGUGCGCUUUUACGCAUUACUUAAAAUGUUGCCAUGCUUUCAGCUACAUAUUGAAUGAAGUGUAUGUCAGGUCUGGGUAUUAAGUUGCUACUCCGGGUGGUGAGGACCCCUUGCGGCUGGAUCGAGGGGUGUGGUGCUACACUUUUCUAUUCACUUAAACCCAUCCCUGUUUGUGGGGCAGGCUGGUAACUCACAGCUCCAGUCUCUCUCCCCUCUGAGCGCGCUGCACACUAUCCCUCCUCCUCUUGACUCUCUUCUUUUUCUGCCUCCUCCGGAUCCUGACAGGAGUUUCUGCACUCGCCGUUCAUCCGAAAACAAGGGAACAUAUACAAACCAAACAACAAAGACAUGGACAACGAAAGUCUGAACGAGAAAACGAUGGAGGAUGUCCACACCAAAGAGAUUGAUCUGGUCAACAGGGACCCCAAGCACAUAAACGACGACGUUGUCAAGGUGAGUCAAACCUGUGAGGGUUGUUCAUUUUUGGGAUUUUAACUUCAGGUCAAGCAUGCAGCUGAUGUCUGUACGUUUUCUUUAUUGUGUGGCUGAUAGAUCUGUAUUUUUACCGGGGAACUUGUUGCACAUUUUCGCCUUUCCUCUCCCAGUUGAGCCUCAGGAUAAUCACCAUAAACUGAAAUGAUCUGGGGAAAGUGUGCGCACAGAUGUAGGAGCCGUGUCAAUGCAGUUACGUGUCGAUAUGUGCGUAAAAUGCGCACUGUAGUACUAAGAGCGCUCCCCCUCAACACUUUUCCCCUAUUAGGAAAAAGCUUUGCAGAGGUAUCAAAGCUCAUUGACGAGCUCCACUCUGAAGCUUUUCAGAUAUACCCACACGUCUGCACAAGUCAGUAGACUUGAAACCUUGGACAUCCUCACUCCAACAAAGGAAACAUUACGAAUUUCCUGUUGUUGGAACACACGUUUCCCACAGUCCUUGUUGCAUACGCCUUGCUGUUUGGAAAGUAGAAUUCUUUCCAUAAGAGCGCCGCCUGACCGCACAAAUACCGAGUGUUUAUUUUGUUUUAAGGAGUUAGCUGAAGCAGAGGUUGUAGCAGCAGAGGAGUGGUGCGCUGGAAGCCACCUGACGCGUCUGGACUGGAGCAGGGUGCAGCAGCUGGAAGUUUGAAGCGGUUUUUCUUUUCUUUUUUUUUCAUAUAGGAGUAAGGGGUCAAACAGCUCGCUGCAUGGGGCAGCAGGGGUCAGCUCUUUGAAAUGCCUGAACUCUGCCUUGUUAAAACAGGGAAACACCCAAGGAGUUGGUUAGAGCGAGCGAGGGGAUAUCCCUCACCACUCCCCAUCUCUCCUCCCUUCUUUUCCUCCCGUUUAGCCAGCCCUCCAUCUCCUCCCCACAUGCCUGUAAUUGCGUCAGAAGAGCAAAUACCCAUGUGUUGCUUUUUAUUGGCUGCUGUCAAAUUCCAAACGAUAACAGACUGACAUUAUGGUUUAAGUUAAUUGUAAGAUGAUAUUAAGCAGACAGGCUGUGCAGUAAUUCAACCUGCAAGUAUAUCCAACAGAGUUCAGACGGAUUAAAACACUCGUUACAAGCGACUAACAGUGUGAGGGACCAUAAGAUAAUAAAGAAAAGUACAUUUGAGAUUCAUUUUCUUAUAUAACACAAAGACUUAGCAUGGAAUGUUUGAGAACUAGAACAGAUACAGUGAAUUGUUCCCAUGUGACACGCAGCUUCUCAUGGCAUAGGGCUGCUCGACACGUGGGAUGAAUCUGCUUUAUUGUAGAAGAAAGACAGAGCAUUUGGGAUGUAGUAGUCCAAUAAAGACAACAAGAGUAACAAUCAAGUCUGACUUAAAAACCUGCUGGUUAAAAGUUCACUAAAAGUUUCUACAUGAUCGGUGUACAAUAAGAUCUGUAACUUUCUUCAAUCUCAGUGUGAAAAUGAAUCAAAAUCGCUGCCUUUCCCUUUUUUUUUUUCUGCCUCUGUCGCUCCCCGCGCUCCCUCCCUUCUCUCCUUCAUUGUGACCGUGAGUCAGAGUCUCCUUCCAGUCUGAGUCUCAGAAUAGAAUGCAGCUUUAUGAUGGUCCCGCCUCUCUCUAAUCAACUCAACAGACCGAUGGUGAAAUUAUGUGAAUUCACAUGAGAGGACACAGCAAAAAUAAAACCUGAUAAUGCAGAUGGUUCUGUUGAGAGACUGAAGAUGUCAGCCACCAGCUGGGAGUAGUAGACACUUGUUUCACAUGCACUAGAAUACCUAUUGAAGUACUUUUACUUGACUCAAAUGCUAAUUUAUACAUUUGCUCAAACCUGAGAAUUCAUGUGGCUGCAGGUUAAAGCUCAUAUGUCAAUUUUUUUGGCGCCCAAAGCAUUAGAAAUUACAAUAUAUAAGUUGUUAGUCUUGUUGCUAGUGUUCUAGUUUGUGUUUGUGUGUCAUAAAGUAGCAGAAAUUUUAAUUUAAGUCUUCUUUGGUAACCAGUUAAAAACUCCUCAUAGUGGCUUUAAGAGUGAACAAGCAUGUUAAAUAUAUUCUUACACUCAAAAGUCGCAAUAUUUAAAUGUUCUGCACUGAAGUUGUAUGAAAACACAUUGCAAAUGGUUUUCAAGUGCAAUCAUCUGUCACAGUAUAUGAAGCAGCCUCUGACCCAAUCAGGCUUUAUGUGAUUUCAUAAAAAGUCACAAAAUCGUUCUUUAGAAAUGCAAACUGAUUCGUUUUGUUUUGAAGUCGCAGUCAUGAAUCCAACAAAAUCCGGCAUUGUCUUGCAUUAGCAUAACCUAGCAUGUUGUUACUUUAAUAGGUCCACUAAUCCUUAGACCCACUUCUAGUAGACUGGGGUUGAACAAGUAAUUAGUAAUGUCCUUCUGAAUUAAUGGAUGACAAUCCCCAUCUGACAGUGUGCGGAAUCUGAAUAUAUGGAACAUGUGUUGAAAAGGCACCGCUGGGAUUCGAACCCAGGAUCUCCUGUUUACUAGACAGGCGCUUUAACCAACUAAGCCACGGCGCCAUGGAGUCCUGCUAAAAAUAGAUUGAGUGGGUGUUACAACAGUUAAUAUUAAUGUAACAUUAAUCCUGUUCAUUUUAUGGCCCCAUUCAGCCUACUUUAAUUUAUUCACUUGUUUAUGUAUUUCCCCACUUUUACUCUUCCUCUAUCAUCAUAUUUUUUACCAAGUUUACUGUAAGUUCGUAAAGAAAGGCUUCGAGUUCAGCUGACUUGUCACUCUGCCACGAGAUAUGGCCGAACUCACCUAAACAAAAACACUGUCUUCUAGUAGAAUGGGGGUAAACAAGUCUAACAAUACCUAGACCUUCUUCUGGUAGACUGGGGUUGCACAGGUCCAACAAUUCCUAGACCGACUUCUAGUAGACUGGGAUUGAAUGAGUCCAACAAUCCUUAGACCCACUUCUAAAAUACUUGGGUUCAACAGGUCCAACAAUCCCCAGGCCCACUUCUGGUAGACUUGAGUUGAACAGGUCCAACAAUCCUUAGACCCUCUUAUGGUAGACUGUGGUUGAACAGGCCCGACAAUUCCGUGACCCACUUUGAGUAGACUUAGGUUGAAUGAGUCCAACAAUCCCUUCUAGAAGACUGGGGUUGACAGGUCCAACGAUCUUUAGACCCACUUCCAGUAGACUUGGGUUAAUUGAGUCUAACAAUCCCUUCUAUUAGAAUGGGGUUGAAUGAGUCCAACAAUCCUUAGACCUUCUUCUAGUUCUUCAAGUUCCUGUUAGCCUAAGACCAACAGUCCUCGUUAAUAAGUAUUUUAACUGACAAAAAGUCAGAACUACAUACUCGUGUAUUUAAUGUAUUCCAUCAAAUCUAUCUCUUUCACCAUCUUCUGCAGGGCUAGGUUGUCUAACACACAUUGAAAACCACUUUUAGUUAAUUUGCACUUCUUUCGAGGAGUCCUCAUGCACUCACAGCCUCCCUCUGGAUGUGAGAAUAACCUCUAAUGAGGCAGCCAUUUUUACACUGUGCUGUAUACAGCGGCUGUGAGGUGCUCUGAGGUCAAUGAAACAGCUCUGCCAAGUGGAAGCGUGUGUUCGGUGUGUUCCCAAUGAAAAAGUACAAGCAGGGAAUUCCUUCCAGCAACUCUCAUUCUGCAAUCCACCGUGACCAAACACACCCCCACACACACAGCACUCACAAAUAAACUUUUAUAUGUGUGUGUGCAGACAAACUGUAUAUGUAUUGUACAUGGGCACACACAGACUUACACACACACAUUGCAUUCUUAUAAAAUCAGAGGAAACAAACUGUUCUCCUCUUGCUGCUUCAGCAGCUGGCCUCAAUCACCUGACCACAUCAAACAAGUUCCCUUACCGACAUGCAUGUGGAGUUUGUUCUGUGCAGAGAGAUCUUUCCUCAGGAGACUCUGCGGAUCUUUAUAUAGCAGAGGGGAGGGGUCAGUGGUAUGGAAAUGCCCCCACUGGAGGCAAUUUUUGAGAGGGAGUUGUGAGAAGUUUGAACUCAGAUAGCUCCCGACUGUCAAAUUAAAAAGGAUGGAAACGACCUCGAGGUAUUUAACACCUGUGAUAUUUGUUGGGUCUUAAUACUGUCUGCACUUACAAACCUUUACCUGGGAUGUUGGUAGAUCUUAGAGGUACUUCUGCACCCUCAGACGUAGAGCUGCGGGAUUUAUUUCCAAACCAAAUGCCAUGCAAAUAGGACACAUCUGUGGGUAUACAGCAAAAUAAAUGAGAAACGGGUGGCAUGACACACAGAGAGAGCAUUCACAAAGGCUUUUAGAGUUAGAAAACAUUCAACAACUUGUAAUUAAAGGGUUAGCGUACAUUUUACAGGGGUCAUAGUCACUCAGUAACGUCACUUUUUAGUUUUGGAGGAGUCGUUAUGAAGCCAAAAAUCGGUUUUGGCGGAAAAGCUGACUUCACUAAAAACUACUAAAGAGGUUAACAACUACAACUCACUCACCUGCCAGUCAUCUUUUGGCCCCUAAAUAAUACAUGACUCAGUGUUGAAACAGAGGAGCUUUGUACAGUUAUAAAAAUGAGGAAAUGAGAUCAACAUUAGUUUUGUACCAGGCUGCAGACUUGUCUAAUUUUGUAGUUAAAGUUGUCAUUUUAAUACAGACUAGGUUGACCAUACGUUCUCUUUUACACAGACAUGUCCUCCUUUUUGGGGGUAUUGUCUCCUUCAAAUGUCCGGGGGUUUGUAUGGAAGUUUUGAGUUUUGAGUUAGUGGCCACUUGAGGAAUUGCAGUCUUUUGCAUGUAUUCUUAUGCUUCAUAUUUCAACUCCCAAUGUUGCCAGUUAGUUAAGAAUUCCUAAAAAGCAACUCUAGUGGAAAAAAGCCGUCCAGCUUCUCUGCAGCACUUUUUGUUUGAGCUUUACUAUGAGGUUUGAUACAAGCCUCCUUUGACUUAAAAAGCUCAUGCUGAAAACUCCUGACUCAGAAGUGCUCCAAACUUCACCAUUUUAACAUGAAUCAACCUGCAGUUCAUGUGAGUUGGUUUGAACAGUGUCCCCCCGCCAGUCAUCCUAAUCUCUCAAACCAAAUAUUUCCCCUGUGAUUAUCUCCCGAAGCCUUCAGUCCAACAACAGAGCCCAUUAAUGCGCUCUUUGCUCCCGUAUUCUCCUCCAGAGAUACGCCAUGCCUUAUGGAGCGGAGAUGACAGCCUGAAGUCAGAGCUCUAGAAAUAGCACAUCCCUUUAUUUACUCAAUAAUAUAGUUGCCAUGGCGACCGGUCACAUGCUGACCCUGAGACUUCAUUGUUUGAUGUAAAAAAAAAAUUCUGGUUGGGCUGCAGAGGUCCUCCCACGCUCUGACCCAUCAAGGCUGGACUCCAGCAGAAGUUUUUGUGCUUUUAGAGAGUUUACGCUGAGGACAUCAUGAGGCUCUCUGGAGUCCUCCUUUAGAGCAGACUUUAAUCAAAACCCUUUCAGAGUCAUUGUUCAACAAAAGUCCUCAUAAAAUGUUGUAGAGACUGAAAUUUUGAAGCACUAUUAUUCGCUGCUUUCGCCAUAUUGUUACACACGGAGAAGUAGUCCAGAAACAGAAUCCAGCUCCCUUUAAUUCAGCUGAAAAUCGCCGCCAUCUUGCAUGCUUGUGUUUGUGCCUCUCUGCAGAAGGCCCUUAUUUAGUCUCAAUCAAAGUCCUGGAAACUGGAGCAGAGUGGGUCCACUUUAAAAUUUGUAGCUGUGGAAAAAUUAAACGGACGGCUCGCUGGUUUUUGUGGCUGCAGUCAGUUUUAUUUUAUAAGACUGGAGCGAGCUCUGCCAGUUUGUGCUGUGAGUGUGAGAGAAGCUUUAUGCUGCUGCUGCUGCUUGGACAAAAAGAAUCACACUCGGAGCUGAGAAAUGAGAAAAGUAUAUCUAUCCUUAUGUAUGGAUUAACAUCAUGAAGUUACGCCUCAAAUGUGUCAUAUUCCUAGAGUUUUAUUCAAGAUUUUAAGAGGAUAAUGUACUCUGUUAUAGGGCUGGGAGAUAAACCGAAAAUCUACUGAUACUAGGGUUGGGCAUCGAGUCUCUAGCAUCAAUGGGGACCGGGACUAAAAUUCUGAUUCUCCCCGAACCGUUCAAAUGUAAACAUUUUGAUUCCGAGUUUCGAUGCCAGAGUCCGCCGACUCAAUCAAUGAAUCAAUAAAUUACUUCUGUCUUUAAACAAAUUGUAGUGUGUACAGUGGGUCUACUGAAAUAUCCAAAUAACAUUGGCCCUUGUACUUUUUCAUAGACAAACGAUGUAACAACAUAAAUUUAUAUUUAUAUACUGGUUGAAAAUCCCCCUGUGGGAAAUUCAUAGUAAAAUUCUUAAAAAGCUAAUUUAUUUUAAAAAUUCAUGGAGAAGUUUAGAAAUUUCAUCCAAAAAGAAGAACUCUGGUUUGCACCCUAAUUUAAAUCGUGCAUUUUUUUUAUAUCCUGCCUUUCGUUAGAAUCGUUCGGAACUGGAAUCGAAAUUCAUGACAAUAACUGACAUCAUUUUGCCCAUGUCAAUAUAUUCGGUGCCAAAUUUUUUUUUAAAAAGUAGGUUUUGGAUGUGUGUAGGUAGGCUAUGGUCUCAUGUCCCUUUAAAACACUGUCCUACGUCAGAGACAUGACACCAUGAAAAACAGGUGAGGAGGUGUAGCGGCUGGAGUGGCGUCUGAAGUAGACAGAGUUAAUGUGGGAGGGGGUGAGACAUUUGAGAAGUAGUUAUCAUCCAUUUAUCGUUAUCGGGGUGAACUGCUCAAUAUAUCGUGUUAUUGAUUUGAAGCCAUAUCGCCCAGCCCUACUCUUUUGGCUUUAGGCAUAUACCUGUCACCGUCAUUGUGUGAAAAAGUGAUUUUGAUGUGUCGUGUUGAAGCAUUUUGAGUGAUAGAGGAUUGAGAAAUGAGAACUGAGAACUUUAAAAUCCAGACUGAACCUCAGGGAGUCGAUGUCUUUCCCCCCUCCUUUUCGCUGGCCUUAAAUGGUCAAAAUAAACCAUAACAUACAGUUUUUCAAUGCCCUCUUUAAACUUCUAUAAAUGGGCAUCACGUUUUGAACAGUGGGCACUAUCUUCUCACGCGAUGACACGCUUGACUUUUCCAUUUUACCGUCACACUGGAUCAUAUCUGCAUGACUUAUGGAUAUCGCACCCAUUAGCCCACAGUAGCCCGUCCGCUCUGUUAGCAGGACACAGUCUCCAAGUAACUAAGAUAAAUAUUGACUCUGUGCUCAGAAGCCUGUGCAGGGGAUGAGAGCGAGGGAGAGGGAGAGGGAGAGUCUGUAUUGUGUUUACUGAGAGCAGCUCGCCACUUUUCCCCCCCGGUUCCUUAAACGGCGCUGUUCAGGUCACGGAUUUGUCUCAUUUCGAGGCUGAAGUGAUGUGCUGACAGUAAGAAGAAGCAGCGCAGUGUUCUUGCUAAUCCUAAUGGAAGGUAUUAGCGGGGAAAGUUCAACAGGAUGGGUGGCACAUGAAUGUCUCCUACUCCGGAUUUUCUCUUGUUUAACUUUCAUUUUCUCCUCCGUCACGGUGGUCAUCACAUGGUUGCAUUUACCGAACCAUCUUCCUUCUGUUUAUUCCAUAAAAGCCUGCGAUGUAAAUCAAAGGCUUCCUGUGCACCUCAGAAAAAGAAGAUGUCGUACCACACACAGGGAGUGUUUACAGCAGCAGAUGUAAAAGCUUCCAGGAAGUAGACUUAGCCUGGUAAUUAUUUAGAUAUCAAACAGUGACAGGGCGUCGUUAAACAACCAAGAAGAUAAAACCUGUGCUGAGUUUAACAUCUGGUUCACCUGGGUCAUCAUAAAACCGGAAAGUGGCAGAAAAUUUGGACAGUUUUGGUCAAAAUGAAGACGUCUGUUUUAUCCAUUUCACUGUUAGCGUGUUGAAGAGUUUGAUUCCUGAUUCAGAUAGAUCACAUAUCUGCUCAUCCAGAGGCAAAACCAGAAAUCAGAGCAACAGAGCAGAUAGAGAAAGUGUGUGCAGGGAUCAGGGAUUCAGGAUCUGGGCGUGGCCGGCGGUCGGUGGUUAGACUGUGUACCAGUCAGUGCAAGGAGAGAUAUAAACCCCGUCUGCAGUCAUUUUCCAGUCUCUGCAGGCCGACACUGUUAACAGGGAGUGAAACAUCUGAUUUAUGUGGAAAUAAUGAGUUCAGAUUGGAUCGGCUGUAAAGAUGAUGAGGCGGAUUCAUUAGCUCAAUAUCAGGGCUGUUGUGAAAUUCUUCAGGCGGUGCAUGAAGGUGUUUGAAACCAUUAUGAUGAGUCAGAUUUUAAUAUGGUGGUGAUGAUUAUCUCUUCAGACUGAGGAGUACAUGUAGAUUUAAGUGUGUUUUUGGCUUCUUGUAUUCAAGGACAUGAUCCGACUCAUACCAUGUUCAAACAAGGCGUUAGAGCAUAUAAUGAAGCAAAUCUGUGAUCUUGUCCUACACUUGGAAAGGUGGUGAGUCUCAUCAGGUUUUCUUUUACUUGUAUGUAUGUGUGGUUGAAAAUGAAAAUACAGGCUUUUUAUUCAGAACCUGGUCGAGCAUCUUCCCCCUUGCAGUGAUAGAGGGUUUUUAUUGUGGUACGAUGGCGUAAAAAGUUGCUAGACUUGUAGUUAAAACAGGUGGUUCUCUGAAGAGCUUCACAGUUGCUCAGAAACUGCACAUUGUUGACCUCAUGUAGGAAGACAGUAUGAACUCAUUUCUCUCUGGGACACAUCCAAAAACUUACGUCAUAUUUCAGUGAAGGUUAUUGACCUGUUGCAGUCACAUGCCCACCUUGAUGGCACCCACUGUAGCAAAAUUCGGAAAGCUUACAUGCAUUUCAGUCAAUACUUAUAUUCAAGGUGUAUUUGGGAGUCUUUAAAGUUACCAAAAGUCCCACAAGCCUACUUGAUUGAGAGCUGCAUGAUUUUGGCCAAAUAUAAAAUUCCGAUUUUUUUCUCUGAAAACUCGAUUUUUAAUUUCAAUUUUUUAUUCAGCACCUUUGGCAGCUCCUGUCAUUGAGGCAGGGAAGAGUAAAAUGACAGAGGUGAAGAUAAACUAAGGUGACCAGACGUCUCCGAUUUCCGGGGACUGUCCCCAUAUUGGUUCCCAACCAGUUGUCCCCAACUUCACCAAAUGUCACUUUCAAAAUAAUGUUUUUCUAUCAUCUCUCAAAACAAAACCACUGAAAACAAUGCAGGGUGUAUGCCAAGCCAGUAAGUGGCGCUGUAACGCUGCACAGGAAAUCAUCAUAAUCAAAUAAUCUGAUUACAAUUUAAAAUCGAUUUAUCAUACCGCCCUAAAUUGACCUUGACAAAUGGUCAUGAGUCACCUCAAGAGGAACUACCCAUAUGACCGGACUGGUCCAAGUACUUCGGUGUUUCUGUAAUCCAGUGAAUGUUGUGUUAACUCAACAGCACGAGGUCGUCAUCUGCUUCAAUCGCACAUUUUGAACUCUUUACAUCCAUAACUGGGAUGCACUGAUUUUUGCUGCAGUGGAAAUAAGUUUAAUCCUGAAAAUAUCAAAUAUGUUCAUGAUACAAGACAGUAAGAUGAACACAACAGUUAGCAUAGAAACCAGGCGGUAAAAACUAUGGCUGCCAUUUCUUCUGUCCCUUUCUAACCUGUCCCUUUAAUUGUCCAAUCAGAAGCAGGUAGGCACCAUGAUGGCUCAUGGGAAAUAUGGUUUCACUUCAUAGUUAUUCUGGCUUUUGAAUUAUCAUGAUAAUAUUGACACUUGGAUGUUUAUGGGGUCUAGUUGGACUCCAAAAAUGUGUUGUUUUUCUUCCACUGUUCUCACGCUCCUCUCCGUCCCUCUCCAGGUGGACUUUGAGGAUGUAAUCGCUGAGCCUGCAGGGACCUACAGCUUCGACGGCGUGUGGAAAGCCAGCUUCACCACCUUCACCGUCACCAAGUACUGGUGCUACCGGCUGCUGACAGCGCUGGUCGGCAUCCCCCUGGCGGUGAUCUGGGGUAUCUUCUUCGCCAUCCUGUCCUUCAUCCACAUCUGGGCCGUGGUGCCGUGCAUCAAGAGCUACCUGAUCGAGAUCCACUGCGUCAGCCGCGUCUACUCCAUCUGCGUGCACACCUUCUGCGACCCCCUGUUCGAGGCCAUGGGCAAGUGCUUCAGCAGCAUCCGAAUCCGCACCAGCAAGGAGGUGUAGCAUCCACGACGAAGAGGAGGAGGAGGUGGGGGAGGAUUCGCGGAAAGGGGGGAGGGAGAACGGGAGGGCUAGAGCCACACAGACGGAGGGAAAAGUCAGAACAGAAAAGAAAUAAAACAGACCUCUGGAAAGUGAGAGGUGAGACUUUUCCAGAGCUGGGCGGGGCUUGUUUGGAAGCGAAUGGGCGUGGUCACACGGCACCUGAUCCCGCCUUUUUUCUCCAGCUGUUUUUCUCUCCAGUGUUGGCGUAACCAGAUGGGUGGGCACAGGAAAUUCAAAGGGUCGAUCUCUGGGGUUUUUGUCGUUAUUCUGUUCAUGUUCUUUUUUUUUUUAUUGCCAACUUUGUCCAUCAAAAAAAAACAAGCUCCAUUUCUACUUCCUGUAUUUUUUUUUUUCGCCACGGUGUAAAAUCCCUCCAUUCUUUCCAUUUCUGUGGAGAGCUUUUCUUUUUAUUGAUUCAUGUGAAGAGGGGGAUGUCAGGCAGUAUCCCUGUCAUCCCCUCGUGCUUAUCCGUGUUUGUGUAUUUUGGAGCAGCCGGGCGGGGCAGGAUGGUGCGAUGUCGGGGUUUUGGGAACGUCAAAGCGGAGAGAGAACGAGCGAGCGCUGCCAAAUUCUAUCUGACUCAGCACAAACAAAACAACCCCACAAGCCCGUCAGCAUCACCAGCAGCAGCAGCAGCAGAGGCAGCGGCCCUCCCUUUGCCCCCCAUGACCUCCAAACCCACCUAAACCAACCGCCCAGCCCCCCUCUCCCUUCACCCGGCCUUUCCAGCAGUCUGACACACUGAACCUGCCCUCGUUCCUGCAUGCACCUGCGCCGCCUUUUCGCCUGCAACUCGCCGUCCGCCACCGCCAUUGCCACUGCCACGCCCGCCGCACAGCCUCGAGACGCAGUGCCUGUCUGUGUCUCAGCUCAGCUUCUUUCUCCACCAUUAUCCCCCUUUAGAACAAGAGUGUGUGAACGAGAACGCUAGGAUUUGAAUUUUGCAGGAACUUUCCCUUUUUUUUUUUUUUUUACGCCAACGUUGUUUUUUUUUUUGACCAUCUUUAGUGAAGCUCACUGCCUUUAAUGCACAUCACCGUAGUGGCCUAGUGAAUGCUUUUUAAUUUUUUACACUAUGAAUAUGAAGAACUUUGGGGGGGGUCGACUUUUAAACUGUUGUUUUAAUAUCCUGUAUGUACUGUAUGGGUGUUUCUGCAGAGAUCUGAAAAAGCUAUGGCCGCAUUCCAGUGCACUAAUCUAUGAGAAAGUAUUGUUAGUGAGAAUCACUAAUAAAGAUCUUCUUUUCUGCUCUUGCAAAGGUUGUAGAGUGUUAUCUCUUCCCGUCUACAGGCUUGUGUGGAGAUUUUUCUUCAAGCUGUGGUACUUACACAGGUUAAUGCAUUGGAAUUUAGAUAAUGUGAGGUUGAAUGCGUGAUUUUUUUGAUGCAUUUUAAUGUUAUCUGGUCAUAAUUUUGCACCCUUCCCAUUGAUUUUGUAUGCCUUUUUUUAUCGCCCCUGACUAGUUUCUUUUGCCGCCCUGCUUUUUGUUUUUUUUUGACUGUGGACACGAUGCGGAAAGCAUCAACGUGACGCCUUUGACACCUGAGACGGGUGAAGCGAAGGCAGUCGGGAGGGGUUUCCUAACAUGGGGUGGGUCAGGGUGGGGUUUUAUCGAGACACUAAGCUUGCUUUGACUCCGUCACCUUCAGUCUACCUGCUGUCUUCUCACAGAAAUGGUCAUUUUAUCGCACCUGCUCUUUGAAUCGAGUGUUUUGAAGCUCUAAAGGUGAUAUUUUUUAUAAGAUUUGUUUUUCUUUCCUUUGCUUUUACUGUACAAUAUCACGCUGUGCACAUUAAAAAUUUAAUAUAAUCCAGUGUG